CACACACACACACGCGCGCGCCCUCUGUUCCUCCCCAUCAUGGAAACUGUGUUCCGUUUCUCUGCGUCUCUCCGGUACUUUUCCGUUUCUCUGCGUCUCUCCGGUACUUUUCCGUUUGCCGUCCUGAGCCGCUGCCGCUGCUGCUGCUGCUGCCGGUGAAAAGAACUUCUGUCCUCGGGUGAAUGUGUCCUGUUUUCCCUCCUCUUUCAUCUUCUUGUGCUGCUGUUACAAAGAAGCAAACCUGCGCCGUGUGAGCAAACUGCUGCUGCGCGAGCUUUUUCUAUUUUUGAUGUAUUGUUUGGAUGGAUCGUUUCGAAUCGCGCUCGUCCUGUCCUCACAGACUCCCUCCCUCUCUUUCCUCUCUUUAGAUGGUGAAUGAGCUGAAGUCAAGCUGGUAGUGAAGGCGCUGGACUUGUUCUCCCCUACACCCCAAGCCGGACACAACAUGGCGGCGGGAGUAGCGGCAUGGCUUCCUUUCGCCAGGGCGGCAGCUAUCGGCUGGAUGCCCGUAGCCAAUUUGCCCAUGCCAGUGGCACCGGCUGAGAAGAGCAAGCGGCAGGACGAGCUAAUCAUCCUCAAUGUGAGUGGACGUCGCUUCCAGACCUGGAGGAACACGCUGGACCGGUACCCGGACACACUGCUGGGCAGCUCGGAGAAGGAGUUCUUCUAUAACGAGGAGACCAAAGAGUACUUCUUUGACCGGGACCCCGACGUGUUCCGCAGCGUGCUCAACUUCUACCGCACUGGGAAGCUCCACUACCCGCGGUACGAGUGCAUCUCCUCAUACGACGAGGAGCUGUCCUUCUUUGGCAUCGUACCAGAGAUCAUCGGUGACUGUUGCUACGAAGAGUACAAGGACAGGAAGCGGGAGAACGCAGAGCGCCUCAUGGAUGACCAGGAGGACAACAAGGAUGCUAAGCUGCCCAACAUGACCUUCAGGGAGACCAUGUGGCGGGCCUUCGAGAACCCCCACACCUCCACUAUGGCUCUUGUCUUCUACUACGUCACCGGCUUCUUCAUUGCUGUCUCUGUCAUCACCAACGUGGUGGAGACGGUGCCCUGCGGCUCUGUGCCCAACCAAAAGGAAGUACCGUGUGGUGAGCGCUACACCGUGGCCUUUUUCUGCAUGGACACUGCCUGUGUCAUGAUCUUCACCGUGGAGUACCUGAUGCGCUUGUUUGCUGCGCCCAGCCGCUACCGCUUCAUGAGGUCUGUCAUGAGCAUCAUUGACGUGGUGGCCAUUCUGCCCUAUUACAUCGGCCUGGUGAUGACCGACAACGAGGAUGUGAGCGGCGCCUUUGUGACGCUCCGGGUUUUCCGCGUCUUCCGUAUCUUUAAGUUCUCCCGUCACUCGCAGGGCCUGCGAAUCCUGGGCUACACGCUGAAGAGCUGCGCCUCGGAGCUGGGCUUCCUGCUCUUCUCCCUCACUAUGGCCAUAAUUAUCUUUGCUACGGUGAUGUUCUACGCAGAGAAGGGUUCAACCUCCAGCAAAUUCACCAGCAUCCCAGCCUCCUUCUGGUACACCAUUGUUACUAUGACAACACUGGGGUAUGGAGACAUGGUUCCUAAGACGAUCGCCGGAAAGAUCUUCGGCUCGAUCUGCUCUCUGAGUGGAGUGCUGGUCAUCGCUCUGCCCGUCCCCGUCAUCGUGUCCAACUUCAGCCGCAUUUAUCACCAGAACCAGAGAGCAGACAAGAGGCGGGCACAGAAAGUACAGAAAGCUCGUCUGGCCAGGAUACGAUUAUCAAAGAAGGGAAGCUCCACCGCCUUCCUGCACAGCAAACGCAACGGACUCUUCAACGAAGUUCUGGAGCUGACGCACCUUCCGUACAAGAUGAACCUCUCAGAGCAGAGUUCCACUGAGGAGGAACAACAGUUGAGUAAGUCGACUUCUCUGUUAGAGAGCCAACAUCACCACCUGCUGCACUGUCUGGAGAAAACCACUAACCACGAGUUUGUGGACGAGCAGUAUUACCAGCAGAGCUACCUGGAGGCGGGGCUCCAGAACUACUCCUCGCAAAGCCCCUCCCUCUCCAGCCAGGACGGCGUGACGGGAACGUGCUGCACCCGCCGAAGCAAGAAGCACCACACCCCCUUACCAAACGCCAGCGGCCCCGCCCACAUGCCACCGCUGAGACACGCCCACCCCCGUGGUCUGCAGGAGCUCAGCACCAUACACAUCCAACCACUCAGCACCAGUCGCUCCAGUCUGAACAUGCGCGUGGACGACGCGGCACCGCUGAACUGCCAGAGCAGCCAGAUCACCACGGCGAUCAUCAGCAUUCCCACGCCGCCAGUAACCACCCCCGAGGGCGACGCCCACCUGCCCGUGGGCCCCGCCCACCAGAACGUUGUGAAGGUGUCUGCGCUGUGAAGACGUGAAGAAUUUAAGGAAAGAAAAGACUCCCGGAGACAGACUGAGGGACAGACUGAGGGACAGAGGAGGACUGAGGACGACGACGACGACGAUGAUGAUGAUGAUGAUGGUUCCUAGUCUUAGCUGUGGUGGAGCCUGCCCUCUGCUGGUCGAGCGCUGUGAUGGCAUGGACUCUCUGUGCAGACAGAGGACGGCUUUCAGAAACAGUGUCUUCAUGUUAGUGGUCGGCCUGCAUGUGUGCGUGUGUGCGCGUGUGUGUGUGUCUGAGACGAGUGUGUCACCGUGCCCUCCCCCGGGUUUUGGACUCUCCCCUGUCUGGUGUUUUUUCAGCAGAAGGAACCAAAUCUUUCCUCCUCUCAGUUUUCCGUGUGUUUGUCGGUGAUAAAUUUGUGUUGUGUGUGUGUGCGUGUGUGUGUG